AUGGCCACCACCACCACCCCCACCACCAAGGCUUCUGGCCUCAAAGCCACCGAAGAUCUGGCUGCCGUCGCCCCUGCCAACAUCCUCACCACCACCACCACCACCACCACCACGACUGAAGCUGGCGCCGCACCAAUGGCAACUGAUGAAGCUGCCUCCGAGUCAACUGUCCCGACCCCAACCUCCUGUAAGGACAGUUCGAACCGAGGCUGA